CGAACUCUCUGUUAUCUGAGAGUCUGCUUGUCAAAUGUGCCCCUUCUCUCCAGUUUAGCAUCUGGCCACAACGGCGACCACUUACUUCCGUGACCCCAGUGAGGAAGAGCAAGAGAGGGAGAGACAGAGAGACAGAAAACCUAAACAGGAAUGCCACACAUGCUUCUGGAAGACCACCGGGAGAAGAUGAACGGCCACAAGGAGACGCCGGUUGACUACCUCCUCUUUGGCAAUGGCUGGAUUGCCAGCCAAGUCAAGCAACUCCUGCUGGAGCAGGGGAAAGUCGUGGCGACGUCCUUCGCGCGACUGGAGAACAGGGAGGAUGUGAUGAGGGAUCUGAAGCGAUAUGCCCCAAGACGUGUCAUGAACUUUGCUGGAGUCCGUGGCCUGCCAAAUGCCGACUGGUGCGAGGACCAUAAGGUCGAGACGGCUCGAUCCAACGUUCUAGGCGUCAUGAAUCUCGUUGAUUGCUGCUACCUGCUCGACAUCCACAUCACUCAUUUCGGUUCGGCUUGUGUAUACGAACACGACGCCAACCACCCGCCGGACCAUCACUUCACCGAGGAUGACGAGCCGUUCUAUCAUGCCUCGUUUUACUCCCACACGAGACUUGUCAGCGAAUGGGCUAUCCGCCAUUAUCCGAAUCUCCUCAUCCUUCGCGUCCGAGCCCCCAUCGCGGCGAACCUGGACCCGAACAACCUUCUCACCAAGCUCUUCAACUACAAGAGGAUCCUGAACAUACCGGCGUCCGGGACCGUCCUUCCCGACCUGUUGCCCGGCGCCAUCCUGCUUGCCGAGCAUGGUGAGACGGGCAUCUACAACCUGAUCAGCCCCCAGCCCUUCACCAACAACGAGAUCCUCUCCCUCGCCAAGAAGUACGUCCACCCGUCGCUGACGUGGGAGAACUUCGAGCUGGAGGACCAGAAGGCGGUGCUGAAGGCCCCGCGGUGCAAUCCCGUCUUCGACACCACCAAGCUGGUCAACAAGCUCCGCGAGCUGGGCUACCAAGUCAAGGACACGCACGACGCGCUCGAGGACAUGUUCAUCAAGAUGGGAGAGCAGCUCGCCCGCGUCGCCUCGUUUGGAGGCCUGAGCAGCGAGGAGGCCCUUCUCGCGCUGACCACGCGCGAGCGGGCGAUCGGGCCGCGCCCCGGAGAGCAGCAGGUUAACGCGAGUCCGAUUGCUACCCGUUAG